GAGGAAGACGGAGCGCCUGCUGGAGUCGAGCUGCCAGCCUCGGCCCAUCAUGUAAGAGGCGCUGCGCGUUCCCUGCAGCGCAACUGCACGACUCGCCGCCCCAGCGCGUUCCCUGCAAGGCGUGCACCUCCACCGCCGCGCCCCGCGCGCGCACCUGCAGCCUCGAAGCCGGAGCGCUCCGGUUGCAUGAGGAUUCGCGGCGCGAGACGUUGCUGCACGUUCCGCUGUUCUGCAAGCCGAGCCGCAGUUCCGCGCGAGCGCGAUGGAGGGAGGGCGCGAGAAGGAAGGCAAAGUCUUCGGCGGCUCCCCUCCCCCGCCCCAGCAGCGCAAAGGAGAGGCGCCCGCGCACAAGGGAGUUAAGAAGAAGCCAGGACUGAAGCUAUCCAAGGAGGUGUUUGAACAACCCCCCGCGGCACCAGCACCCCCCCGAGAUCUGGACUCCAAAGCCUGCGUGACGAUCGGGGACAAGAACUUUGUGGUCAAGGCCGAUGACCUGGAACAGAUCGGCGAACUUGGCCGGGGCGCCUACGGCGUGGUGGACAAGAUGCGCCACGUGCCCAGCGGCGUCAUCAUGGCUGUGAAGCGCAUCCGGGCCACGGUGAACACGCAGGAGCAGAAGAGGCUCCUGAUGGACCUGGACAUCUCCAUGAGGACAGUGGACUGCUUCUACACGGUCACCUUCUAUGGCGCGCUCUUCCGCGAGGGUGACGUGUGGAUCUGCAUGGAGCUGAUGGACACAUCUCUGGACAAGUUCUACAAGCAGGUCAUCGAGAAGGGGAUGACCAUCCCUGAAGACAUCCUGGGAAAGAUAGCGGUGUCUAUUGUGAAGGCCCUGGAGCACUUGCACAGCAACCUGUCGGUGAUACACAGAGAUGUAAAGCCGUCCAACGUGCUCAUCAACACGCAGGGCCAGGUGAAGAUGUGCGACUUUGGCAUCAGCGGCUACCUUGUAGACUCCGUCGCCAAGACCAUGGAUGCCGGCUGCAAGCCCUACAUGGCACCCGAGCGGAUCAACCCAGAGACAAACCAGAAGGGCUACAAUGUGAAAUCUGACAUCUGGAGUUUAGGAAUUACCAUGAUCGAGCUGGCCAUCCUGCGCUUCCCGUACGACUCGUGGGGGACGCCCUUCCAGCAGCUGAAGCAGGUGGUCGAGGAGCCGUCACCCCAGCUACCCGCCGACCGCUUCUCCCCCGAGUUCGUGGACUUCACUACACAGUGCUUGAAGAAGAACGCCAAAGAGCGACCAAACUACACCGAACUCAUGCAACAUCCCUUUUUCACGCUCCACGACUCCAAAGACACCGACGUGGCCACCUUCGUUAAGGUCAUCCUGGGCGACUGAGGGCUCCCUGCCGUCUAGGCUCCGCCCAUGUGUCCAGAGGAGGCGGGACCACUACAGAAAGCACCGAUCGCAGUCCAGCCGCCCGCAGGAAGCUUCCCCCUCCCCUCUUGCGCUCCCGAGGAGACUGUUGCCCGCGACAGCGGUGCCCUGACACCUGGCAGCCCACAGGGGCAGGAGAGGGGUGUUGCUCCCACAGUGGUUCCCCCCUCCCUAAUGGAUAUGAACUAAAAUCCCAAAUUAAUUUUCGCUCUUGAGUUCAAAGGCCCGUUGAAUUGCUGGCUCUGCUGCUGUGCCUACCGACCCCUUGGAGUUCCUCUUCCUGUCCGCUUGCCGUCUGCGGGCCGCCGGAGCAGCACGUCCCCGUCCCGAAAGUUGCGUCGCGCACGCUACCGCAUGCUGCACGCGUGAGGAAACGGUACCCGAUUGCAUGUGCAGAACCCUGCAGGCGGGCGCUGUGAGAAGACCAAUCGAACCCUCUUCGGUUUGGGAGUGUGACUCGGACAGUUUCCCCUCGGGGCGGGGGGUGCUGCGGUCGUAUCUGCUCAUCGAUCCUGAGCCUCGAGGGACACGCCUCUGUGUUCUCACACUAAACGUCGCGCGGUUCUUCCGUUUCUUCUAACUGCUGUUUUUUUUUUUUUUUUUUUUUUUUCCUUGGCAACUUGAUGUUUUCUUUAAAAUUGAGGUGUGUGUGUGUGUGUGUGUCGGGGAGGGGGUGUUUGCACUUGUGUACCAGAGUAUUUCCCUCUCCUUUACUCACUGCUGUUAUUUAUGAACGGGCCCCGGUACCAUGCGCUGCUUCCCCGCCGGUUGAUCUCAACCCCCCCCCCCCGGACUGUCCGCUUCCCUGGUGAUGCUCAUGUUUCUCAUGUAUCUCACAAACGCAUCUGUAUUUCCAACGAAGGGAUGUCGCGGUAGGGUGUGGGGUCUCUGCCCAGCCAGUGAACUCCAGGUCCUGAGAGGGGUGCUGUCCGCCGCCCUCUUUCCACAUCCGGGGGGCACGAGGUUAUUGACGGACGUAAUUACGGCGUGGAGUGCCGGGGGUUCCGUACCCGCUGCAGGUUGCCGAUCCUUGGUUUUCCCCAACGUGGACCGGUUCGUUCCGUGGGAGGUGAGCCGCCACCCCUUUAAGUGCCCACUUGACCUCGAGCUUUGACCUGUCUCGGAACAGCGCGGUGUCGCUGCCUCUCGGGUUUCCCCGACAUGCUUUACGUAGAUCGCCUCCCAUCCCCCAGCUUCCCGGCGCCGAAACGUUACGGGUUCCAAAGGCUCCGGGUUGAGCUUCGAGUAGAACGUUGCGUGUUGAUUGGCUUGGCAUCGAGCUCCUCCUGCUUAGGAAUAUGGGAUUGGGGUGGAGUCUAGGGCGGUGCUUGGAGGUAUUUGCCGUCCUGGUAGUUGGGUGGAGCCUGAGCGUCAAGAGUUGUGUGUGUGUGAAACAGACCCCGAUGGGACGUCCCACCAACACGGUUGCCUUUCUUUGACUGAAAGUAGAGAUCCUAAAUCCUUUUUAGCUUUUUUCUCGUGGGGGCGAGACUGGAAACAGCACAGUGAUGUGUGUGUGUGUGUGUGUGUGUGUGUGUGUGUGUGUGUGUGUGUGUGUGUGUGUGUGUUUCCUGGAUGUGAUGGUCUAUGCUGUCAGCCAUUAGUGGGCUUGUUGUGCUUUACCUAGUUACCAAACUCUGAGUUCCUGUCUAGGUGGUUAACGCACUGCAGAAUUUACCUAUGAACCUCCUGUGGGUGUGAACGGUCGCUGUUGGUUGCAGACUAGGUCUUUGUUUGUGUUUCCUCGUCCCGUUCAGGGACCGUGUGACCCUUUCUGCCUUCACCAUAUUGUCACACGUUCACGCUCCUGGUUCCUCCUCUGUGUGGAAGUGACUCCGCCCCUUGUAAGGCAGAGCUCCAGGGAGCCAUUGCAGCAGUGCACUGGGUGGCGGUCCCACCCUUCCUGAGGCCCCGCCUUUUUCAUGUUGCUAGACGGGUGGCGUUAACUUCGACUGAACUUUUUACCAGACCGCUAACCGCUCAACGGCAGCUGUGGGGAGCAGUCAUUUCGAAAGCACCGACUGGACGGGGGGUCCCUUUGCGGUCGGGAGGAAUCGCCGUUGUGCGCUGGGCCAAGGUGCAAGGCCAGGUGGGGGGUCUCCGGGCUCAUACGGUCAACUAGAAUGUUCUCUAGUUCAGUCGGUGAUGUGUGCGGUUUUGAAACGGGCGUCUUCGUUACAGGUAUGUCUGAGAUGCCGGACCGCAUUUGAAGCGCAGAGUGAUCUUAACGGAGCUCCCGGUGCGGUCAUCUCGGCAACGCGGGGGACGGGGUGCAGUUUUUGGCGACGCCGCGGGCUCCGUCGCUGCCGUGACUGCAGCUCUCCGACAGCCGGGACCCCCGUACAGCGUUGAACAUUGGUCCAUAUGGCGGAAAGAAACUAACUGUACUUAAGAAUCUCGCAUCUGCAUCUAAGUGUCUCUUUUUG